AAACAUUUACAUGGAGAACCUCCACAGCUCACAAACCCUCACCACCACUUACCUACAGCCUACAACCAACUGAGACGAACGACUGCCGUCGUCCUGCUCGCAAGUUGUAACCACCGCGAACCUCAUCUUCGCCGGAGACAGGAACUGAUGGCGGCAGCUGCCAUGAGCUACGUGCAUGCGGACGUGGAGAACCUCAAGGCGACGGAGCUGAGGCUCGGCCUGCCGGGCGUCGAGGAGACCGCCAAGGUGCCGUCGCCGCCGUCCACGCCCAGGGCCGGCAGCAAGCGCGCGCUCGCCGGGGAGCACCGCGAGGAGGAGCCCAAGACCGCGCCCCCGGCCGCCAAGGCGCAGGUCGUUGGGUGGCCGCCGGUGAGGUCCUACAGGAAGAGCUGCUUCCAGCAGGCGAGCAGCAAGACCAAGCCGGCCGCGCCGGCACCCGUGGCGGUGAAGCAGGAGGAGGCCGCCGUUACCGCGGCGCCGCCCGCCGCCGCAGCCGCGGGAGGCUCGCUGUACGUGAAGGUGAGCAUGGACGGUGCACCCUACCUGAGGAAGAUCGACCUCAAGAUGUACAAGGGCUACCGCGAGCUCAGAGAGGCCCUGGAGGCCAUGUUCCUCGGCUUCUCCGGCGACGCAGGCAGCGUGAACCCGUCGGACUUCGCCGUCACCUACGAGGACAAGGACGGCGACCUCAUGCUCGUCGGCGACGUGCCCUUCGAGAUGUUCAUGAGCACUUGCAAGAGGCUGAGGAUCAUGAAGGGAUCCGAGGCAAGAGGCCUAGGAUCAUCAAAGGAGUGAAACGGAAUCGAUCUAUGAAGAACACGCGACAUGCCAUGGGUGCAUGUGUGCAACAUGGAGGAAUUCUUUUGUUCUUUUGGGCAUGUUGUCGAACUCGUCUACCACAGUGCAUGCUACUCUUCAAGGCAAAGAAGAAGGAAAAGACGCAAGCUGAUUCGAGUGGAGUUUUAUUUUCAUUUUGUUUUUUUUUAAAAUAGGUGUUAGCAACACAAAAGGAGUGGAGAUCAGUUCGAGUUGAAUCGGAUCUCCAUGUGUGUUUGUACAAAGAAAACAGCUUUCUUUCCGAGUUAAGCUAUGUCAAUGGUUGGUUGGUGUC